AUGACGGGAUACACCCUGGAUCGUUUCCCUGGCUCAUUUGUGUUCAUAGGAUUCGGUAUGGUAGCUCAAUUUGAGUCGGCCGUCGACUUGAUCACACAGAAACUACAACCGCUUACUGAUCAAAUGUACGAUAAAGACAGAUUCGUGGAGAAAAUACUGUCUGUAGCUGAAGAAAAGACGGCUAUUAAGAGAGAGAAGCUGGUCUACGGAACGAUUCUUUUUCUCUCCAUCUACGUAAUCAUAAGCGCUCUGGCACAGAUCAUAUCCAAUGUCGUUGGUUUCCUCUACCCAGCUUGGCGAUCGAUCAAGGCCGUUCGCUCCUCCGUCAAAGAGGACGACACCCAAUGGUUGAUCUAUUGGAUUGUAUUUGCUACAUUUUCUAUCAUAGAUUUCUCCACGUUCUCGACAAUUCCCUUCUACUGGUUGUUCAAGAUAGCAUUUCUCAUGUAUUUAUAUCUACCUAUGUUCAAUGGCGCCACUGUUAUUUACAAAAAUUUCAUUGAUCCAGCGUGCACAGUAAUCGAGUCCUAUUUUCGUCCAAAUGAACCAAAGAAAACGAACUGA